UCAACUUCAUUGAAUGUUGAGGCUCCGACUUUAGCUUUGUUUCAUCAUAAAAAUAUCAGAGCAAUUUCUGCUGAUUAUUGCAAUUUGAAUCAUCUUCUUCAAAGAUUUUAUAAAAACGAUAAUUCAAUCACGUAAUGGGUGUAAAUGAUGCAAUUAAUUUCGUUUUAUUCAAUAACCCAGUGGCUAGUGGUGUGUGGGGGUUUCUCUCUGCAUCCGGAAACAACAUGAAAUCGAAGGGAGCGAUUGCUGGUCAGCAGGCCGUAAGUCAGAGUACGAAAGCAGUGGUAUCAGAAGUGAUGCCACCGCUUUGGAAAAUAGUGGGCUCCAACCGGCAGAUCCUUCGGUUGGCCGGUUUGAGUGGCGCCAUGGCAGUCAUGCUCGGUGCUUACGGAGCCCACCACCGGUUCAACAUUGCUGACGAAAAGGAACGCGACCCGAAGAGUAUUUUCGAGAUGACCAAUCGUUACCACUUUAUGCAUUCGCUGGCGCUACUGGCGGCUCCCUUGGCCCGGAAGCCAUAUCUGACGGCUGUUCUACUAACCUCAGGCAUGGCUUUGUUCUGCGGCACUUGCUACUACAUCUCAUUCACCAAUGAUCGCCGAGUCAGUCAACUGACCCCGGUAGGAGGAUUCUUGUUGAUCUUCGGAUGGCUUUCUUUUGUGAUUUAAACACCGAAUGAAAACGCCAGUGUUUCAUCCACAAAACGUUUGGCUUAUAUUAAACAUAUAAUGGAUUUUCUGAUGUAGUUAAUGUCAAAACAUAGAAAUUGUUCAAAUAAAUGUCUCUGUGUCUAAAAUCAAAAA